AUGUUCUUGGCGCGCAUCAUUUCAGCAUGCUUUGCCUUUGCUGCCCUCAUCUACGGCCUCUCCUUGACCGCUCCAACAAGUCCCCACGUACCCCGCUAUCCGCAAGACUCACAUACCAAUCGCCCUACCCGAUAUCCUCCCGCCCCAGUAGCGGUAAACAUUAGCGAGCUCCAUAUUGCUGGAACCUAUGUCCGUGCAAUAGACGGCACAGAGUUUGUCUUUCAAAAGCCCUUGCGUCCUUCGCUGGGCACAGUCCUUUUCCUCCACGGCUGCGCCCACUCCGCCACAGACUUCUUUCCAUCUGGCUCCAACUGUCCUCAAUGCAUUGGCCUUCCCGAGGAACUCAAAAUGACUCGCAUUGCGUUGGAGAAAAGAUACACCGUUGUCGCAGUAUCCUCAACUGAUCGCAUACGCAAAUGUUGGAGAACAGAUACUCAAACCUUUGAUGGCCCCGAUUACGAACGUGUCAACAAGGCAUUGCGAGAAGCCGCCGUACGCAGUCUCUACUCCCCACGUCUUCCGCUCUUUGCAGUCGGCAUCUCAUCUGGGGGGUUAUUUGCCACGUCGCUUCCAAUGCGCCUUCGAGUCUCCGGAGUCAAUUCCAUCGUCUCUGGUGCUGUGUCCUCUGUUUGGAAUAAAGAAAGUCCACUGAGGAAAGACUACCCGCCCCAUGUCUUUACUCAUAUGGGGCUCAAAGACAAGCACACAGCAGAGAGAGUCAGAAAAGCCAUGGAUAUCCUCGAAACAAUGGGCACACCGUCGAUGGAACUGAUUGUCCCGCCACAGUCGGUAACUACGCAUUUCUUACAGGACUCAGUGUCUAAAUGGGACAUGAGUAAUGCACAAGAGCUUGUUCUAGCGCUCCAACGAGGUGGAUAUUUAGAUGCUCACUUCCAUCUCUUGUCCGACCCGCGACGCUCGCAAUGGAGGAAUUCAGUCCAACAUCUUGGCACAAAACUAGGCGAUCAUUUCCGUCCGGACGAAUCUGCUCUUUCGGAAGAAUUGAAUCGCGCCUGGGGAUCACAUGAAAUUACUGCCGAUCACUUUGAAGAAGCACUCGAAUUCUUGGAGACGCAACUGCAUCGCUAG